AUUGCGGAAAUUUCAGUAAUCGGUAAAAUCGAACGUGCUAUUUGAAUUACGUAUUUAAUUGUUCUGUUACAAUUUUUGUUGAAUGCUUGUAUAAAUUAUAAACAAUUGUUAUAAGUUUAAACUGCAAAAUGUUUUUAUUUGUAAAAUGGCUGCUUGAUUUGGAUAAAAUGAUCCGUGACCUUCACAAUAGAAAUUCCUCUGAAAAAUAGCCAUGGUUACAAUAGACAACGAAAACUACCUUAGGAUUAUACUACUUUUGUUAGAGGGUAGUACCUAUAUUUGCAAAAAAGUCUUCAACCGAGAGCUCCUUAAGAAUGGUGGCGAUCUUGACCAUUUGCUUAAGACGUGGAAAAACAAGUUGCAGCAUGAGUUUCACAAAAGACAAAUGGAAAAGUUUUUUCCAAAUGGUGGAUUUGACAAAACCGAUAUUCAUAAAUGGGAUAUUCAAAUGAUUAUUGGUGUUAUGCUUCUGCUGUUUAGAUCAACAUUGACUGAUGAAGAAAAGCAAAUCUUGAAGGAUAUCAAGUUCAUAAGACAUGAGGUUCUUGCUCACAGCUCAUCUGCUUCCUUAUGUGUUGAAAAAUAUGAAGACGUUCGAAAACAACUUGAAGAUGCCAUAAAACAUUUAGCUGAGAGCUUUGAUCAAAAUGUAAAGAUCAAAUGCAAUGGCUUCAUUAAAGCUUUCACUACUGGCGUGUUAGAUUUAAACUCUGCGAUUCAUAGAUUACAAGAGGCAAAAGACACUGACGACUUGUUUCAAACUGUUUUAAGUGUUCUCAGAGAAACAAAAGAUAGUUUAACAAAGGAAAUACUAGAUGUCAAGCAAGAUGUGAGAAGUAUAACAAAAGGGAUAGAGAAAAUAGAAGAUGCAGAGUGUAAUAACUUCAAAGCGUUGACAAAUGUACAAAGCCAAAUAGAAACCUUACAGAAAUGGUUGUAUCAAAAUUUCAAAGAUCAAGGGAGCAGAUCAAGUGACGAUUUCAGGAGUUUAUCAAAUCAACUGCAGGAAAAAAAUAAAGAAAUAGGGAAUAAAAUACAAACCUACGAUGACUCGUCCUUGCAAAUUACAGAAACUAGAUCAGACAAAAUACAGCAUGUGUCAUUUUGCCCAGAAAAAGUAUCUCGAAAAGGUGCAUUAGUAGUAGUUGCUGGUAUUGAUUUUGGAACAACAUACAGUGGUUACGCAUUCUCCUUCAAACAUAUGUACCAGACUAAUCCCCUCAACAUAAGGUGUAGUUCUUUUGCGUCAGAAUCAUGGGUAACACAAAAGACAACGACAGCUGUGCUGUUUGAAGGACAGAAAUUUCACAGUUUUGGUUUUGAUGCGGAAUUAAGAUAUGCAGAGCAAUGUGGAUGUGGAGAAAAUGACAACUGGUAUUUCUUUAGACAUUUCAAGACACUUCUAUACAACAAGAAGAUAAAACGCUCAAUGAAACUUAAAACAGUAGAUGGCAAGGAAAUGUGUGCAAUUACAGUUUUUGCUGCUGCUAUCAAAUAUCUUAAAGAAGACCUACUGAAAAACGUUCAAAGAAUGGUUCAAUGCAUUAAUGAAAAUGACAUACACUGGGUUAUCACUGUGCCUGCUAUAUGGUCGGACCCAGCAAAACAGUUUAUGAGAGAGGCUGCAUAUGAGUCUGGAAUAGACGGAGAAUACCUUUCCAUUGCCCUAGAAUCAGAGGUUGCCUCUAUAUAUUGUCAGGAAAUACCACAGGAAAUACCAUUUUGCAGAGUCCGUGUAGAAGAAGCAGAAGAACAAAAAAAGGAACACCAAUUUGCAAAGAAACCAGAAGAAGAAGAAAUACAAAAAUUGGUGAUAAUUGCAUCCGGUAGAAAGUAUAUGGUCUUUGACUUAGGAGGUGGCACAAUGGAUAUUUCCGUCCAUGAGAAACAAACAGACGGAAGAUUGAUGGAAAUUUUUAAAGCGAACGGUGGAGCAGUUGGUUCCCUGAUGGUUAAUGAGGAAUUUAUGGGUGUUUUCGAAAAAGUCAUAGGAGAGCAAUUGUUCCAACAAUAUCAAAGAGAUUACCCAGAAGAUUAUUUUGAACUUGCAACAGAAUUUGAGGCAAAAAAACUUCGAAUGAAAUGGCCGGCGGCUGAAGGAUCCAAGGAGAUAGUCCGAGUGCCUAUUUCUUUAGCUGAAUUUUGUUUAGAUCACAGAAAUAAGAGAUUGGCAGAUUUGUUUGAAGACUCGAUUUACAAAAACAAAAUAACAUUUCGUUUGUACAAAUUGAGAAUAGAAGGAAAUUUUAUCAAAAGUUUCUAUGAAAAUUACACUAGCUUGAUCGUUAAGCAUGUGUCAGAAGUAUUACAAAAUAAUUGCCCCAAAGAUAUAGGUAUCAUUUUGAUGGUCGGUGGACCGUCACAGAGCCCAAUUGUUAAACAAGCUAUGGUGCAAAACUUUCCAUUUGCUAAAGUUAUAGUACCGACAACACCUUCCUUGGCGGUUCUCUGUGGUUCAGUGUUGUUUGGCCACAAACCUCAAAUUUUCUCUUCGAGGAUUUCAAAGUUCUCUUACUUCUUAAGUAUAACACCUGUAUUUGAUCGGACGAUACAUACUGAAGGUCGUCGAAUCCUUAUAGAUGGUAAAUAUCGCUGUCGAGAUGUUUUCAUGAAGUUUCUUUCUUGUGGAGACACUGUCCAUAUCGGAGAUGCUAGGACAUGGCAGUUAUCUUCAAUUCACAAACAACAAGAUAAAAUGGUUAUUAAAGUGUACAUAUCUGACAAUUAUAAUCCGCUGUAUAUUGAUGAGGAAGGUACAGAUUAUCUUGGUGAUAUAGUUGUAGAUCUGCCUGACAGAGAAAAUGAAAUAGACCAUGUCAAUGUCAGUAUGUUGUUUGGUUACACUGAGUUGAUUGUUGAAGCAACUGAGAUAUCAAAAAAUAAAACGGUCAGAGCAUAUUUCGAUUGUCUUUGAAU